UCGAUACCAAAGACACCGAUAAUCGAGGCGCUCUGAGAAGCUCCUGCGUAACAAAUCCUAUCGAAAUGCUUCUGAUUGGUCUGUGCAUUCUACCUAGAAACCAUCCAAAGUCAGUGGCCACUCGAAUAUUUACUGUAGCUUUAUUUUACGGUGAACGAGUUUUGAGGCUAGGCCCAGGUGAAUGGGAGGGUCAAGGAGGAGACAAUGGCUCCAAUGGGCACCAAACAAUAAGACAAUCGAUCUCCGUAGUCUGCUUUGAUUUAGCAUCCCAACGAGACAAGACUUGA